AUGGAACGGGACAGAAUUGAAUAUCGUUUAUUGAUCAAAGAGUCUCUUCCCAUUUUAGCACUUAAACCUGAUCUAAAUGGUACAGUUCGGUCUGUACCACUAAUUGUAUGUCCGGACGGUUUAUUUCGAAAUGACGAAGAACUGUAUGAUCUUGGCGGGGAUACAACUCGAGAAGGAACAAAUGAACAGUCAGGUAGUCAAUAA